AGCCCGCACACGCCUCCCCGCGCCGCUGCGGCCGCAGGCUCUAAGCGGCUCCGCGUGCUGCGGCUGCCAUGGGGGUCGCGGGUUGCCGUCGGCCUCGGGAGGCCCGGGCACUGCUGCUGCUGCUGCUGCUGCUGCCGCCGCUGCUGGCCGCCGCCGUCCCUCCCGACCAGGGUCUCACCAGCCGUCCGUCCGAGGAUGUGGAUGAGUGUGCCCAAGGGCUAGAUGACUGCCAUGCUCAUGCGCUAUGUCAGAACACACCCACUUCCUACAAGUGCUCUUGCAAGCCUGGCUACCAAGGGGACGGCAGGCAGUGUGAGGACAUGGAUGAAUGUGACAAUGCAUUCAAUGGAGGCUGUGUCCACGACUGUUUAAAUAUUCCAGGCAACUAUCGCUGCACCUGUUUCGAUGGCUUCAUGUUGGCUCAUGACGGUCAUAAUUGUCUUGAUAGGGACGAGUGCUUGGAGAACAAUGGCGGCUGCCAGCACACCUGCACCAACGUCAUGGGGAGCUAUGAGUGUCGCUGCAAAGAAGGUUUCUUUCUGAGCGACAAUCAGCACACUUGCAUUCACCGCUCAGAAGAGGGCCUGAGCUGUAUGAACAAGGAUCAUGGCUGUGGUCACAUCUGCAAGGAGGCUCCGAGAGGCAGCGUUGCCUGUGAAUGCAGGCCUGGUUUUGAACUGGCCCCAAACCAGAGAGACUGCAUCUUGACUUGUAACCAUGGAAAUGGAGGGUGUCAGCACUCCUGUGAAGAUACGACAGAAGGCCCUGAGUGUAGUUGCCAUCCACGGUAUAGGUUGCAUGCUGAUGGGAGAAGCUGCAUAGAGCAAGAGGGCACCAUCCUGGAGGGGACAGAGAGCAAUGCCACAUCAGUGGCAGAUGGAGAUAAACGGGUGAAACGGCGGCUGCUCAUGGAAACGUGUGCUGUCAACAACGGAGGCUGCGACCGCACCUGUAAGGACACGUCAACAGGUGUCCACUGCAGCUGCCCCACUGGAUUCACUCUCCAGGUGGAUGGGAAGACGUGCAAAGAUAUCGAUGAGUGCCAGACCCGGAAUGGAGGUUGUAACCAUUUCUGCAAAAACACCGUGGGCAGUUUUGACUGCAGUUGCAAAAAAGGAUUUAAAUUACUAACAGACGAGAAGUCUUGCCAAGAUGUGGAUGAAUGUUCGUUGGAAAGGACCUGUGACCACAGCUGCAUCAACCACCCUGGCACAUUUAUUUGUGCCUGCAACAGAGGGUACACUCUCUAUAGCUUCACCCACUGUGGAGAUACCAAUGAGUGCAGCGUCAACAAUGGAGGCUGCCAGCAAGUUUGCGUCAACACAGUGGGUGGCUACGAGUGCCAGUGUCACCCAGGGUACAAGCUCCACUGGAAUAAAAAAGACUGUGUGGAAGUGAAGGGCUUCCUGCCCACUAGCAUGACACCCCGUGUGUCCCUGCACUGUGGUAAAAGUGGUGGAGGAGACAGGUGCUUCCUAAGAUGCCACUCUGGCAUUCACCUCUCGUCAGGACUGCAAGAGGCUUACUCUGUCACCUGUGGCUCUUCCUCUCUCAGAAGCAAACAGCAAAAAUCAAAUGACUCUGCUUUUGGGGAUGUUGUCACCGUCAGGACAAGUGUAACCUUUAAGCUAAAUGAAGGCAAGUGUAGUUUGCAAAAGGCCAAGCUGUCUGCCGAGGGCCUGCGACCAGCACUACCAGAGAGGCACAGCUCGGUAAAAGAGAGCUUCCAGUAUGCAAACGUUACAUGCAGCCCCGGCAAGCAAGUCCAGGGAGCCCUUGGCCGACCGAACGCCCCUAAGGAAAUGUUUAUCACGGUUGAGUUUGAACGGGAAACUUACAGAAAGGAGGUGACAGCUUCCUGCAAUCUGAGCUGUGUGGUGAAGCGGACAGAGAAGAGGCUGCGGAAAGCUAUCCGCACACUCAAGAAGGCUGCCCACAGGGAGCAGUUUCACCUGCACCUCUCGGGCAUGGACCUCGAUUUGGCUAAAAAGUCCCCCAGAGUGUCGGAACAGCGGGAGGAGACCUGUGGAGUGGGCCAGGGUCCUGAAGAAAGCCAGUGUGUCAGUUGCAGGGCUGGGACGUAUUAUGAUGGAUCACAAGAACGCUGCAUUUUAUGUCCAAACGGAACCUUCCAAAAUGAGGAAGGACAAGUCACUUGUGAACCAUGCCCAAGAUCAGAAAACCUUGGGUCCCUAAAAAUCUCAGAAGCCUGGAAUGUAUCUGACUGUGGAGGCCUUUGUCAGCCAGGUGAAUAUUCAACAGAUGGAUUUGCCCCUUGCCAGCUCUGUGCCCUGGGCACCUUUCAGCCUGAUGUUGGCCGUACAUCUUGCCUCCCAUGCGGAGGAGGACUUCCCACCAAACAUCUGGGAGCCACUUCCUUCCAGGAUUGUGAAACCAAAGUUCAGUGCUCGCCUGGGCAUUUCUACAAUACCACCACACACCGAUGUAUCCGUUGCCCACUGGGGACAUACCAGCCUGAAUUUGGAAAAAAUAAUUGUGUUUCCUGCCCGGGCAAUACUACCACCGACUUUGAUGGCUCCACCAACAUGACACAGUGUAAAAACAGAAAGUGUGGAGGGGAGCUGGGAGAUUUCACAGGGUAUAUCGAAUCCCCAAACUAUCCUGGGAACUACCCAGCCAACUCAGAGUGCACCUGGAUCAUCAACCCACCCCCCAAACGUCGGAUCCUGAUUGUGGUCCCUGAGAUCUUCCUGCCCAUAGAGGAUGACUGCGGUGACUACCUGGUGAUGCGGAAAACCUCUUCAUCAAAUUCUGUGACCACAUAUGAAACCUGCCAGACCUAUGAACGCCCCAUCGCCUUCACCUCCAGGUCAAAGAAACUGUGGAUUCAGUUCAAGUCCAAUGAAGGGAACAGUGCCCGAGGAUUCCAGGUUCCCUAUGUGACAUACGAUGAAGACUACCAGGAGCUCAUUGAAGACAUAGUUCGAGAUGGCAGGCUCUAUGCCUCUGAGAACCACCAGGAAAUACUGAAGGAUAAGAAGCUGAUCAAGGCUCUGUUUGAUGUCCUGGCACAUCCCCAGAACUAUUUCAAGUACACAGCCCAGGAGUCCCGAGAGAUGUUUCCAAGAUCUUUCAUCCGGUUGCUACGUUCCAAAGUGUCAAGGUUUCUGAGGCCUUACAAAUGACUCCUCCCACAUGCCAUUUCGAACAGGGUCCUACUGUGGGCUUGGUGGGCUGCAGCCGUUUCCCCUCCACAUGCCGCCUGCCAUCGGAUUAUUACCACGCCCAGUAUCAGUGACUCGUUAGAGUUCAGUUUUUAUAGACAAUGCAGAUAUCUUGAUAAACUGAACUUGGGUUUUCUUUCCCAGCAUUUCAGGUAUGGACUGUGUAUGCUUUGAGUGGCACUGUGCGGGGACAUGUCCUGGAUGCUGUGAGGGCUGGCUGAACUGGCCUCCUUUUGGGCUCUCGCUCCUCCAACUGUCUGCAGUGGAAAGGAGGCCACAGAAAGGCCACUUUGGCUAUAUUGCCAUGUCCUCCAGGCCAGUCCUCUCCCAGGGAGCAUCUGUAUUCCUGGUCAGAGGUGACCAGGCCAAACAGGCAAGCAGGAGGGGAGGACAAGCCCUUCAGGAGACACCCAGGCCUUCUGAGUCAUGGGAAGACUCAAGUCCUCAAGGCCUCUGCAGCCUCUGCAAUGCCAGUUUAAUCCUAACCGUGUGAGUUCUAAACAGUAAAGACUUAAAAAAAAAAAAAAA